AUGGUGAAGUUUUCUACAUUACCACAAUGUAUGCUAAAUGUAGAUCUCAUCUUAGGAAUCAACUAUGGGAGGAAAUUAAUAUUUUGUCUCAGAAUAUUAAUGGACAAUGUGUACACUGGCAAUAGAGGUGCCCCGAAUACUAUUUGGAAAAGAUUGGACAGGUUCCUCUACAAUGUGGAGUGGUUUGAAAAAUAUGGUUUUAAUACUGUGACUCACUUGGCAAGGGCAUGUUCUGAUCAUGUUCCUCUUCUUAUUCAAUUCAGUGUCACAGAGGAGCCAUAUGUGAAGUAUUUUAGGUUUCUAAAUUUUUGGACUGAGCAUGAGCAGUUCCUGGAGGUUGUAAAAGAAGUUUGGGAUAAAGAAUGCCAAGGUAACCCCUUGUGGAUUCUGCAUCAAAAGCUGAAGAAGACUGCUUCUAGGCUUAACAGAUGGUCUAGGGAGACCUUUGGUAAUGUUCAUGAAAAUCCUAAGAAAUGGGAAAGUGAUAUUAUGGCUUUGGAGCAAAAAUUACUAGAGGAUAAUAAUGAAGGAAACAUGACUAACCUUAGCAGGACCAAAGUUGGUUAUAUUCAAUACCUCAAAAAUCAAGAAAGCAUUUUGAAACAAAAGGCAAGGGUGAAUUGGCUGAAAGAAGGAGAUCCCAAUAGUGCAUAUUUUCACAAGGUUAUCAAAUAUAGAAGAAGGAGAUUGUGCAUUAAUAAGAUCCAAGAUGAGCAUCUCCAAUGGGUGGAGGGUACUCCAAGAGUAGCAGAAGCUGCAGUCAGAUAUUUUCAAGGUGUUUUCUGCCAAAUUCCUGCACCAAAUGAUUUCUCUGAGCUAAAGGUGGUUGACCAUGUUAUUUCACCAGAAGUAAACCAAGCUUUAACUGAAUUUCCUGAUGAGGAGGAAAUUAAGAAUUGUGUGUUUAACAUGGAUCCUGAUAGUGCCUCCGGAUGGAUUUUCAGCCAAAUUUUAUCAAAGUUGUCUUUUACAGAAAACAUUCUUCUAGCCCAAGAGAUUAUUCAAGAUAUUGAGAAAGCUGAUGAAAAAGGAAAUGUGGUGCUGAAAUUGGACAUGGACAAAGCAUAUGACAGAGUGUCUUGGCCAUACUUAUGCAUUCUAAUGAGAAAGAUGGGUUUCUGUGAGUUGUGGAUUGAUUUGAUUUACAGGCAUAUAUCAAGCAACUGGUAUUCUCUGAUUAUCAAUGGCAUUAGACAAGGUUUCUUCAAAUCAGAAAGAGGAUUAAGACAGGGAGACCCUAUUUCCCCAUCUCUUUUUGUUAUUUGUGCAGAAUUCCUUUCAAAAAAAUUAAACAAACUAAAUGGAAAUGCUGAUUUUAAAGGUUUUUAUAUGAACAAAAAAGGUCCUAAAGUUAAUCAUUUAGCCUUUGCUGAUGACAUUAUUCUAUUUUCCAGUGGGUGCAGGAAAUCUCUGAUGUUGUUGAUGGAAACACUUCAAACUUAUGAAGAAGUGUCUGGUCGGUUGAUAAACAAGCAUAAAUCUUCAGUUUCUCUAGCAAGUAAUGAAGAGCAAAGAGCAAUCAACAUGGUGGAAUUGAUCACUAGAAUGGUUCACAAGAACUUUCCAAUAAAAUACUUGGGAUGCCCAUUAUUCAAUGGAAGGAAGAAUGCAGCAGUUUUUUCUGAAAUGAUGAACAGAGUUUUAAGCAAAAUCAAUGGAUGGCACACUAGAUUCUUGUCAAGUGGUGGAAAAGCAGUGUUAAUAAGACAUGUUUUAUUAGCACUACCAAUUCACAUGUUAGCAGCAGUGCAUCCACCAAAGAGUGUGAUGAACCAAAUGGAGAAGAUGCUCAAAAAAAUCUUUUGGGGAGGAUCAGAGGAGAAGAACAAUUAUCACUGGUCAUCAUGGGAUAACAUGUGUUAUCCUUAUGAAGAAGGAGGAGCUAAAUUGAGGAAAAUUCAAGACACUUGUAAUGCUUUUACCACCAAACAGUGGUGGAAUCUGAGAACAGGUCAAUCCCUAUGGAAAGAAUUCAUGUUGAACAAGUAUUGCCAAAGGAUCCAUCUUGUAGUGAAAAGAUGGUAUUCAGGGAAUUCUCAUUCAUGGAAUGCUAUGUGUAAGAUAAAGAGGAAGAUGGAUAAUCAUAUCCUAUGGAAGAUAGGGAAAGGUGACAUUGCAAUCUGGUAUGACAACUGGACAAGCCUUGGAUCCUUAGUGAAUUACCUUCCUGAAGAUAGAAAACCAAGGAAUCAAAAACUUUUUGAAGUUCUGGUUAAUGGUCAAUGGAGAUGGGGAGGAUGGGAUUUGCUACUGCCUAAUGAGGUAAUACAAACUAUCCAAGAUAUGCAUAUCAGUUUGGACAAUAGCAAAAUGGAUAGAUCAGUAUGGACAGCUGAAGAAAAUGGCAAAUUCUCAGUCUCCUCAGCAUGGCAAAUCCUAAGAAAUAGGAGAGAAAGAAACUGGAUGGAUACCAUUACUUGGCAAAAAAGGGUUCCUUUUAAAAUGAACUUCAUGGUUUGGAGGAUUUUAAGAGAUAGGGUUCCAGUGGAUGCAAGAAUAGCAAAGAUGGGAAUUAAUAUCCCAUCAAAAUGCAUAUGCUGCAGAAUUCCUCAAAAUGAAUAG